UGAAAGAAACUCUGCCCAUUGUUUCUCGCCGGCGCCUGGGAUCGAACCCAGGACCACAGGAUCACAAGUCCAGCGUGCUGUCCGCUCGGCCGACCGGCUCCCAAGUGCCACUAUUAUGUAAACAACGGGUGCAAUAGUGCCAUAUAGUGCCAGGGAGGGGUAGGGAAGACGUCCUCAAACAAACCAUCGUCUCACCAGUGCUAUAAAAAAAGUGAAGAAAAAAAUAUUAAGACUGUCUACCUCUUACGGGGUUAUUCAUGCCCGUGCCACCUCUUGGGUGGCUAAAAUUUUCAUCAAGACAGUCAUGUUCAGUCGACAACUGGCCGUGUUUUCCCCUCGUCGACGGAGACCGCCUCUCUCCCCUCUCUCCCCCUCAUCUUCCCCCUCAACCUUCCUCUCCAAGUUCUCCGUCUCCCUCUCCGACAUACCCUCAGACCUCCUCCGCCGGGAGCCCCUCUGCCCUCAAGAUGCCUGCGAUAAGAAAGGAUGGAGAAAUGGCAAGGGAACCUCGGUCGUAGAUGGACGCAGUGUGAAGGAAGAGGCCGGUGAAGAAGGAGCAGGAGACGAGGAUAUAGAGAAGAGGAAGGAAGUAGAUGAUAAAGAGAAGAGAAAGGAAGUAGAUGAUAAUGCCAUAACUCACAACGACGACGUCUUGAAUGGCCAGAAGACUACAAGGGUCUUGACCAGGCCCGUUAAACCAGUACGGGACAGGGCGCGUGUGGGACAGAGGAGUUCCCUGCCCUUCACUACCGCAUGCCAUGUCUCCGCCUCCUCUCGCGUCUCCACCGGGUCCUCAGACACCCAGAGCCAAGGGAGCGGGGUCGGGGACCCCAAGAGUGACUCCCCCACGCCAGAGGGCUCCAGGAAAAGCGGCGAGGCGUCGUGUGCGUCGUCCUGUGCGUCUGCGUCGUCAUCGUCGUCGUCGUCAGGAGUGGCGUCGGGUGUCCGGUGCGGGAAGGGCCACGAGCUGCCAGUUGCCCCAGGAGCCCGCGAGUCUGCUGCCCUGCGUCAGGAGGUGGAGACCCUCCGGGCGGAGGUGACCAAGGCCAGGCAGACCAUCCUACACAUGCAGGAGAGGGAGAAGAGGUUGAAGGAGAGACUUGGAGACCGGGCCUCCAGAGGCGUGGAACGAGGCAACGGUCGCGUGGAGAACCUGAGCCUUGGAGAGCGUCGACCCUCGGCCCUCGUGCGUCGCUACGGCAACCUCUACGCUCAGGCCAGAGUGGACACCCUGGACGCCCUCGACGCCCUCCCAGACCUCAGGAACGCCGAAGAACUCAAGUCGAAGCUCCUCUUCAGCGUAGUGGUGCUGGCCUUCCGUUCGGCGUCGACUUCGGCUCAGGCACUGCGGGAGGAGGUCCGCCGGGUGCUCCAGAUACCCCCACCUCCCCCUCUACCCGCAGGCGAGGCCCACCACGAUCACCUCGCCUAUGACGAGCAUGCCCAUGCCCUCGAGCUCGGCGUCUCCGCCUUCGUCACAGCGAACAUUGACAAACACGACCUCACCAAGAACGUGGAAGAGGUGUGUCAGCAAAUCUGGGCUACUCUGUACGACUACCCGGCCCUCAAGACGUGCGAGGGCCUCCUGCAGUACAUCAAGGACUGCGUGCGCCUGGCGUGGGGCCUCAACAACCAGACGCCGCCCUACCUCAUAGACUACGAGACCCGCACCUACAGGAAGGAAUACCACGUCCGCUUCCAUACCGCCGACCCCGAGAGCGACGGCAUCAAGACCUACCUGUGGCCGGCGCUGCUCGAGGGCCGAGGGGGACCCUGUGUUCAGAAGGGCGUUGUGGUCACUUAGACGGCUGAGGGGGGGUGCGUGGGUGAGGAUCAAGGUACCAAUCUUGGCACUGACAUCCCUUCCCCUUUUCUCUUAUAAUAACCCGCCUUAUUCGCGUCACAAUUCCACUUGGCACGGCCGCCCACACACCCUCCCAACUGUCCCGAGUGUCUCUGGCGAGUGCACAUUGAAACAGUUGCAUCUUGAGAUAAUAGUUAUCAUCUUAAAUUGGUAUUUGCCGCCACAGUGUCCAGUGAAUGAAACAUGUUACAAAGGUCUCUCACUAGCAUUAUUGAGCUACGACGAGACGAAGCUUCUCUUCCCACCCUCACGGAGAGUCAUGCAGCACCCAAUCACCACUGUGAGUCUGUACCACUAAUCGCCCUUAAUCACCCUCAUCCCCACAAGCUCAGUCCCAAAGGGGUAACCACCACAAUCUUUAUCCCACAGGGGGCAAUUACCCCGUGCACCACCCCUCCGCCCCCCCCCUUGUACAGUGUACAUAAACCCCUGUACCAUAAUGCGUUGUGAUUGGCCCAGAAGGACGCCCCACACUGCAAAUGUAAAUUACAAGCAUAUGCUCCUUCUAACACUUAUGUAUUAUACUAACCUCCUGUAUAUAACAACAUACGCAUAUACAUAUAUGUUUUAUAUACAGCGUAUUCGGUUUCAAAAUGUUUUAUCUGUAAUAGAUUUUUAGUGGGAAUGAUGUAAUGGCAUAUUUGAGGCUGUGUGGCUGUCAGAUACUGAUAGGAAUACGUGAGCGGGCCCCCAGUUCCCGCCCCACUGAGCCAGUUCCCGCCAUAUUUGCCACACCGUAAAAGAAAGGUAAUUAUUGGGCCUAAUCAGAAACGAAAGAACCCAAGCAACCCAACCUAAGCUAUGGCGGCCGAUGCAUAUAGAAAACGUCGAUUUUGUUAACAAAAAUAAUACGACGUAUUAGAUGACAAAAACAUAUACAUUUUUCGAGAUUUCGUUCCAAAGUAGAUUAAUAUUUUGUGUUGAAAUAAUGGUUAAAAAAGUACUUAUCGUCAAUAAGUAAUGACAUUAGAAUAUGAUAAUUACUGACUUGCAAUUCUUAAAGGGCUGUUUAAUUACCUUUUUUGUAAUAGUCAUAACUCCUCACUGUCUUGAGGAACGUGAGUGCAUCUUACGAGGGUCUCACAGCCACAACUCCUCACUGUCUUGAGGAACGUGAGUGCAUCUUACGAGGGUCUCACAGCCACAACUCCUCACUGUCUUGAGGAACGUGAGUGCAUCUUACGAGGGUCUCACAGCCACAACUCCUCACUGUCUUGAGGAACGUGAGUGCAUCUUACGAGGGUCUCACAGCCACAACUCCUCACUGUCUUGAGGAACGUGAGUGCAUCUUACGAGGGUCUCACAGCCACAACUCCUCACUGUCUUGAGGAACGUGAGUGCAUCUUACGAGGGUCUCACAGCCACAACUCCUCACUGUCUUGAGGAACGUGAGUGCAUCUUACGAGGGUCUCACAGCCACAACUCCUCACUGUCUUGAGGAACGUGAGUGCAUCUUACGAGGGUCUCACAGCCACAACUCCUCACUGUCUUGAGGAACGUGAGUGCAUCUUACGAGGGUCUCACAGCCACAACUCCUCACUGUCUUGAGGAACGUGAGUGCAUCUUACGAGGGUCUCACAGCCACAACUCCUCACUGUCUUGAGGAACGUGAGUGCAUCUUACGAGGGUCUCACAGCCACAACUCCUCACUGUCUUGAGGAACGUGAGUGCAUCUUACGAGGGUCUCACAGCCACAACUCCUCACUGUCUUGAGGAACGUGAGUGCAUCUUACGAGGGUCUCACAGCCACAACUCCUCACUGUCUUGAGGAACGUGAGUGCAUCUUACGAGGGUCUCACAGCCACAACUCCUCACUGUCUUGAGGAACGUGAGUGCAUCUUACGAGGGUCUCACAGCCACAACUCCUCACUGUCUUGAGGAACGUGAGUGCAUCUUACGAGGGUCUCACAGCCACAAGUACAAAAAACCACUAAACCUUGGAAAAGUUAACUGUUUUAUAAUCAACAAAUUAAACAAUAAUAAUUUAAAUGAAAAAAAAUGUGUUUGUACAUAGUAAAACUGUAUAAAUGUUAUUAUCUACAUAUACAGUAAAUAUAAGAGAUCAGAGCGUAUAUGUAGUACUUUUUGACUAUAGUGCUUAAAGAGGAAAUUAUUCAAAUUAUCUCCCGAGAGAAUAAUGAGUGUGUUCACUAUAGCGUUUUUAAGCAUAUUCUGAGUGAAUAUGCGAACUCUAAGCGCUGGGGGAUAGAGAAACUACAAUACCUGACCUACAGGUACAUUCAUCAUAUAGCUGUUCUUCAAAAUGAAACAUAUGGCGGUCUAUGCAACAUUCUUAGGAAUAUAAUACCUGUAUUUCGUUACAAAAUUUCUUGGUUAGUAAUAAUGAAAACAUUAAUAAUUUGUAUUUAAAAAUACAGGAUUUAAAAUAAUACAGUGGUGGCUGAUUUUGGUACUUAAAGGUGUAAAUUUAAUAAAUGCUUCUAAGCACUCAAUUUUUUUUUUUGUAAAUAAGAAAUUACAUCGAGCCUGUCAUCUGUACUGUUAUGUACUUGUACUGUACUAUUAUGUAUGUGGGAGUCCUGUACAUAAUGUACAGGAAUGUUUUAAUGUACUUAGAAAUCUCAGUUAUUCACAAUUGUACACUCUUUAAUUAUCGUUAAUUUAAUGGUUUUAGAUUCAUUCAUCUUUUCAUUCUGUUCACUCUUGUUUUUUUGUUAUUUAUACAUGUGUCAUAUUUAUUCAUCAUUCCAUAGCUUUAAUGUGAUCUUUGGGGAUGUUAUUCUUCAGUUUAGUUUUCACCUUUCUAAUUAUUAUUAUUAGUAUUAUUUUAUAUAUAAAUACAUAUAUACAUAUAUACAUACAUAUACGUAUUUAUAUAUAUUUUAUAUAUAAAUAUAUAUAAAUACAUAUAUACAUAUGUAUAUA